ACCAUAAAAGGAUGUCUGUACUAUCUCUCGCAGAACAACAUGCAGACGUUAUCCUGCUUCAGUUUGGGCAAAUACUGACUGCUGCUAUAGAGGCCUGAGCAAGUCACCGACAGUUGUAGGUAGCCUUUGCCUGGAACUUUCACCCCUCCCUCGUGUCUAGUCUCAGUUCUUCAAAAGUUACUUCUCACAUGAAGCCUCUCCCAACUGGAUAAAUGUUCUAGAGCUUGAACACCGCUGAUGGAUAUGAAAAUGGAAAACAAUUUUAGUACAGCCUCUACAACAUCUCAGGCAAGCAACUGUGAUCUCUAUGCACACCACGGCACAGCCAGGAUCCUAAUGCCUCUGCAUUACAGCAUUGUUUUCAUCAUUGGGCUUGUGGGAAACUUGCUAGCCUUGAUUGUCAUUGUUCAAAACAGGAAGAAAAUCAACUCUACCACCCUGUACUCGACAAAUCUGGUGAUCUCCGACAUACUCUUCACCACUGCUUUGCCUACACGGAUAGCCUACUAUGCCCUGGGCUUUGACUGGAGAAUCGGCGAGGCCUUGUGUAGGGUGACUGCCCUUGUGUUUUACAUCAAUACAUACGCAGGUGUGAACUUCAUGACCUGCCUUAGCAUUGACCGGUUCUUUGCCGUGGUGCACCCUCUGCGAUACAACAAGAUGAAAAGAAUUGAACAUGCAAAAUGCAUUUGCAUAUUUGUCUGGAUUCUAGUAUUUGUUCAAACACUCCCAUUACUCAUAAAAGCUAUGUCAAAGCAGGAGGAGGAAAGGAUUACAUGCAUGGAAUACCCAAACUUUGAAGAAACAGAAUCUCUUCCCUGGAUUCUGCUUGGUGCAUGUUUCAUAGGAUAUGUGCUUCCACUCAUAAUUAUUCUCAUCUGCUAUUCUCAAAUCUGUUGCAAACUCUUUAAAACUGCCAAACAAAACCCCCUAACUGAGAAAUCUGGUGUAAACAAAAAGGCUCUCAACACAAUUGUCCUUAUAAUUGUUGUGUUUAUUCUCUGUUUCACACCUUACCAUGUAGCAAUUAUUCAACACAUGAUUAAGAAGCUUCGUUUUCCUGGUCUUCUGGAAUGUAGCCAAAAACAUUCAUUCCAGAUUUCUCUGCACUUUACAGUAUGCCUGAUGAACUUUAAUUGCUGCAUGGACCCUUUUAUAUAUUUCUUUGCAUGUAAAGGGUACAAGAGAAAAGUUAUGAAGAUGUUGAGACGUCAAGUAAGUGUAUCAAUUUCCAGUGCUGUGAAGUCAGCCCCUGAAGAAAACUCACGUGAAAUGACAGAAACUCAAAUGAUGAUACAUUCCAAGUCUUUAAAUGAAAAGUAAAAAAGAAUUAAAUCUUGGAUUUAUAGCAAAGUAAACUGUAUGACGAACUUUGCAGGACUUUUCUCGUAAAGCAAAAUGAUUAUUCAACUUCCAAUUAGGAUUGUUUUACUCCUUUCAUUGGGGACUAUUUUCUACCUCCAACUUGGAAGUAAACUGAUAAAUACGCUUUUUUGUUUGGUUUUGUUUUUUAAGAUUUUAUUGGGGAAGGGAAACAGGACUUUAUUGGGGAACAGUAUGUAUUUCCAGGACUUUUUUCCAAGUCAAAUUGUUGUCCUUUCAAUCUUAGU